AUGGUAUCUUCUGUCGUGGGAAACGAUAAUCAGAAUGAACUACCCCCGCCUCCCGCCGUACCGGCACCCCCGACGACUCAACCCAAUACAGCCGUCCAUCUGGUCGAAUUCUUUUCACAGUUUCCUGCAUUCACCUAUGACCCGACUCGCCCAGUUCUUAGUGAACUUAAACGCAUGAAAAAAGUUUUCGGCUGGGAUAAAAAGACUUGGAAAUCAUCUGGAGCUUUGUCGGGCCUACGUCGCGCACUGGUUUUACAGUUCAACCUGACGUACGGGACGGACCAGAACGAUCUCGCAUCAUGGCAAAACUUGUGUAGAGUGAUGGAUAUAGCAAACAUCCCAGAGAAACUGAGUGACUGCAAAAAGCUCGUCAAUACCAUUUAUGUUAAUCUAGUUGACCUGGUUGACAUGCCGAAUACUGGAAAGAAAGCGAGGUUGUUUGAAACUGAGGGGGCAUUGAGCAAGUAUACCAAAAACUCCGAAAAGAUUUUCCCCCGAAAGGACGCUCGUGCAGGAGGUUUAUUGAAGCACUUGCUUCGAAACAUCGUAAACCCACGCCGUGGAGGUAGAAUCAAGGCCAAGACUUCAUAG